CAGAGACUUUGAGAGCAUCUUACAGACAUGCAAAUACUAACAAUGUGGUCUUUUUGCUCUUAUCUACCGUCCUCAGCGAGCAUUCUGUCUUGGCGGAGAGUGAACCCAUACGAGUCCAUCACAAGGCUGGCCGAGGCCCGACAGAGACGUCCCUAAUCUUUAUCGCCAAUCACCUAUCGGGUGGACCAAUGGAUGUGGGGGAUAUGGGCAACGGAAUUUGAAGAGACGAGAGUCAACACUGGCACACUGGUCAGGUACCCGAAGAAACUACCCACGGCCCCCGGCAAUAGUGGCAACAGACUCAUUCCCCCGCAUGAGAGAUCCCAUGUCAACAUAAUGUGCAUAUAGUACAUCUGAAAGUCCCACGAGUCCACAGUCCCAAUUCCGAGGCCUAUAGCUGCAUAAGUAUCUCUACGCCUAUCUAUCUUAGGACCCUCCUCCCCUUGUCGGCAAUCUUCUCAACCAGCUCGUGCGAUAGACGACAUACAAUCGAUUCCUCAGAUCUUCCUCUCUCCUUCUCAAUUCUUCAGUCACGAUGUCGCAGUCCAAUGAAAGCCAUAUCACGGUGGAAGCGGCCAAAUUCGGCCCCAAAGCCAUCCCCAAGGAAACCACUGAUUUUAAUGAAUCAUUGAUGAAACUCAUGGACGGUUCGCCGAAAUGGUUCGAGGUUGGCGCAAAGAGAUACCGAGAAAUGCGCGCAGCAGGAGAAACACCUCUACCCAAGUCAACACUUCUCGACAGUGCCGAGCAGUCGUCAAUUCCAUCCCGCGACUCUGGACGAAGCAUUCCGUGCCGCAUCCUACGGCCUCAAAAUGGGAAACCCGUCAAGUCCGUCUUUCUGCACAUCCAUGGUGGAGGAUGGGUUCUUGGAGAUGAAAAGUCUCAAGAUCCUGCCCUCCAGGAUAUUGCAAACACGACUGGAAUGUUGGCUGUGACUAUUGGAUAUCGACUCGCGCCCGAACAUCCCUUUCCCGCCGGACCAAACGAUUGCUACGACGCUGUGGAAUGGUUAGUCGACAACGCGGAGCGCGAAUACGGCCAACCGUUGGGAUUUAUUGGAGGAGAAUCUGCCGGCGCCCAUUUGAGUAUGCUGGUCGCCAUCCAUUUACUUCAACACAGUAACGCCAAAUACUCGAGUUUCAAACUCAAAGGUCUACUCUUACAUUUUGGCUGUUACUCCAUGCUCUGGACACCUUCGGUCUACACAUUCAAGAAGCCCGUGACUUUGGUUCUUGAUAAAGAGCUCAUGGAUAACUUCGCCGAUGCGUUUUUGCCAGGCAUGUCUGAUGCGGAUAAGCGAAAUCCUUUGGUCAGUCCGAUUUACGCUGAUUUAGAAGCUCUGAGAGGCCGAUUGCCCCCAGCUUUGUAUACCUGUGGCACGGAGGAUUGCUUAUUAGAUGAUACGCUCUUCAUGAGUACGAAAUGGUUGGCCGCUGGUGGAGAGGCAGUGGUUAAGAUUAUUCCUGGCGCUCCUCAUGGCUAUAUUAUGUUCCCUAGAAGUCUCAAGGCCAGUGCAGCGGACCAAGGAUUGAAAGCUGUGGAGGACUUUGUGAUGCCUAGAUUUUAAAUGCUCUAACCAAAACAAGACACCAACGAGACAGACAAUCAUUGACAUGA